ACAUAUCAUAGUUGGAGAAGCUGGCCUUCUUACGUGUCGGCCUACUCAAAAGUAACUCUUACCACAUUUGUAAUGUGAUUCUAUCAGGAGCAGUCAACAAAGCAGUCAGCGAAACACAGUCGUCACUUUAGGAAGAAGAAAGCGAGAAAGAGAGCAUGCGGAAAAAAGUUAUUUUCUCUUCUCAUGCUGCUGCAAACACCAUUUAUUUCAAUAUUAUAUGAAUAUACAAGCGAGCUAGUGUUUUGCUUAUAGUUAAAUAUAUUGUCAGACGCAUAUUUAUAUUCUUCCUCGUCUAAGUCUCUAUUCCGCCUUUGCCUUUAAUUUUUUUUUUUUUUUGUACACGUGUCCCAUUCUUGGCUCUGCUAUCGUUACAAUCACCUGAAUCAGCAGAAUAAUUCUUAGCUUGUCUCCAUCGGCUCUCAUCUGCGAUUUUUAGAUACUUUGUUGUUUCACCACCGAAAUUCUUCGAACAACUUUUUAUAAAUGAUUUGUUUGUGAUGUAAAUUUUCAAUAGGCUGUUUACUAGAAUACUUUUUGAAACUUAUAUAUAUAUUUUUAUACAGAAGGAUUUAUAUUUAUAUAACAUGGCGAUAAGGGGACUUAUUCUCGGCUUCUGCCUGGUGAAUAUUGCGCAAAUAUUAGCAAUCGAACCAUCAUCGGAUACAUACGAUCUAAUAUACAGCAGAGCAAGGGAAGCUUACAGUAGUCAAGGCUGGGUUGAUUGUGUGAAACAUAUCAAAGAUGCUUUGAAAGAUUAUAAAUUCUACCGAAGUACUUUAAUUAGUUGUCGGCGUGAAUGUCGAGGAAAAGUGAUGAAUGAAAACGAAACUUCAGUUUCCCCGGAUUUGGAGAAUAUGAUACCGUUUUUCUUCAAGAUUAUCAAAGUAUCGAACUGUGUUCGAAUGUGUAAACAAAAGAACAUGCCAAACAGGCCUGAUGUAUCUGUUCACUUUGAUAUCGAAGACGAUUUCGAGAUGCGAAUGCCAUACGAUUAUUUACAGUUCUGUCAUUAUAAGGCCACAAAAAUCAAUUAUUAUACCACGCCUACUUUGCAACCAUAUUGUCCUACCCACCAGAUGAAAGAAACUUGUACAUAUAAGAGGGACAAUGUAAAAGAAGCUGUAGCUGCAGCAUACACUUACCUCAUGGCUGAUGCUAAACAAGAUACAACAGUGCAGAAUCUUAUGUUUUACCAACAAUUUCCUGAAGUUGAUACAUCAGACUUUGUCGAUCUAGAACGGCGACCUUACCAGGCUGCUUUCAUCGAAGGCCAAGAAAAUCAACGUAAUGGAGAAUGGAAAGAAGGUGUAAAAUUAAUAGAGGAAGCUAUCAAUGAGUUUAUCAAAGAAGAGGAAGAAUGCCGAAUCCUCUGUGAAGGUCCUUAUGAUCAUGAAAGUUUCCCAGAGUUUAUCAAUGCAAUAUCAGAGCACUUUAUCAGUGUUUUAAAAUGCCAGAAUAAAUGUGAAGGAAAGCUAAGCAUACUUCAUGGUGAGAAAGUAAAAGACUUCUUCCCAGAAUUGUAUAACUAUUUACAGUUUGGUUACUACAAAUUGAAUGAUAUUCCAAAUGCUGUAAAGGCUACAGCUUCUUAUCUAGUGUUGAAACCCGAUGAUCCCACCAUGUUGGAUAAUAAACAGAUUUAUAUAAAGUCUGGAAUAACACCUGAAAAUAUCAUACCUCGACCAGAAGCAUUGAAGUAUUUCACACGUAGAAAACAGAUAAAAAACAUACUGCAAUAUGUGACGGAGAAAUAUGUUGUUGCUAUUGAUGACGAAGGUGAAAUAGAUGAUAGUUUGAAAUCAAUAGACUUGGACAGCAUGGAACCUCUUAACCACAAGCGUCUGAAUGAAAACCAUUAUUUACACAUCUUUGAGAAGUAUGGUUUGAAAAUUAUGGCUGAACCAAAUGACCUCUUUGAACCCUAUCGUUUAGUUGUGGAUGGUUUUGUUGGAGACGAGCAGUGUCAAGAAAUGAUAAACCUGGUAACUCUUCAGAAAACUGUUGAUGGUAUGAAAACACUCACUGUGCCAGAAACUGUUGAAAAAAUGAAUGUUUCUGAAGACUACAAUGUUGGAUUACGCUUGUUGCUUCGGAUGAGUGGUAUUGCAAAACAGUUCAUCCAGAAAUACUUAAAUCACAAUAUUUACCAUUAUUCCACAAAGGUUAUUUGCAAAGAUAAAUGGAAUGGGCAUUGUUUCCUCACUGAGUCUGGUAAAUGUCUUUCAGAAUUUGUUCCAGAAGGGAGUUUUCAGAGUAUAACACAUCUUUCAAGCAUUCCUAAAGCUGGUGGGAGUUAUUUUGCUAAGCCUGAAGAGAUAAUUAUUCGACCAAGGUGUGGCAGAAUGGUCCUCUUCAGGUCAACAGAUCCACUUGGUGUGAAACCUUUCAACGAAUCAGAAAUGGAAAGAUGUGUUUUGUGGAAUGUUUUUGGAAAUGACCCCAUGCAAAAUGAAAUCGACCAUUUAGAUGCUCUGAUCCUUCUUAGGAACAUGGACCAGCAGAUUAUGUUGAAUACUUCUGAAAGCCGAAGCCAAGUAUUAAAUGAUCUAUUAAAUCAAGGAGUUGAAGUGGUCUCUACUGAGAAAGAGAUGCUGGGCAAAGAAAGAUUUAUUGCCGAUGGGUUGGCAUCGAAAGCUGAAUGUGAAACUCUCAUUGAUUUAGCUAAUGCAGGGGGCUCGUUAGGGGAUGGCUAUGACAGAGAAGCAUCUCCCCAUUCAGCUAAUGAGUAUUUUGUGGGCCUGAGUAUCCCAGGUGCUAUCGAGGAUGGAUCUGUGCGUGGAGAUGGUUACAAACAUCAGCAAGGCAUACUUUCUUUAAUUUCCCCACACACAAAGCAUGAGCUGUUCCAAGGCCUCACUGUGGCUCGAGCAGCCAAGCUUGUCAAAGAAGGUACUGUUAGUUUUGAUGCUGUCAGUCUCUUUCUGAAACUUGCAGAAAAAGGACGUCUGUUAGUAGAGAAAUAUUUAAAUUUGACUAAACCCCUCUACUUUGAUUUCACUCAUUUGGUCUGUCGUACAGCUGUAGAUGAAGAUGAAUUAGACCGGAGUGAUUUAUCUCAUCCAAUCCAUGCAGACAACUGUCUUCUUCAGCCUGAUGGUACCUGUUUAAAAGAAGUACCAGCCUAUAUACAAAGAGAUUACAGUGCCAUCAUCUACUUAAAUGGAGAAUUCACAGGAGGAGAAUUCAUCUUUGCUUAUCCAAAUAAGUCAGAACAGUUGUCUAUGAAACCAAAGUGUGGAAGACUAGUUGGCUUUAAUGCUGCAGAUUAUCAUGGAGUGAAAGCAGUUAUAAAAGGCCAGCGCUGUUGUUUGGCUAUGUGGUAUACUCAAGAUCCAGACUUCAAAGAACUGGCUCAUAGCCAAGCUCACAAAAUUCUAAAGCAAGUAAAGAAAGAGCGACAGGAAAGUGAAAAAUCUAGUUCUGACAGUGGUGACAAUGAUAGUGAAAAAGACCAACCAAAUUCUUCUGAUUCUUCCACAGACAUUUCUUCAAAAGAAAAGAACACAGACAGUAUAUCAAAUAAAAAUGAAGAAUUGUAGGCUUAGUUUUAAGAUAUGUCUUCAUGCUGUGAAAAAAAGUAUUAUUAAUAUUUUUAUGUAAAUAAUUUCAAUAGACAUCUUCAUCUUUACUGUCUUCCUCACAAAGUUUGACAAGAGGAAAAGCCACUCAAAAAGUCUUUCGAUAAAAACACUCACCCCAUACACACACACACAUACAUACACACACACACACACACACCCUUGCUCACACAUUCGCACUCAAAAUGCAAAUUUGAACAAAUUCUAAUACCAAAGCUGAACUAUAUCAAAUAACAAAAUACAAUUAUUGACAAUCAACACAAGAGUAAAGCAAUAAAAUGAUGAUGUUGAUCUGGAAGCUUUAAUUAUAUAUAAAUUUCAAUAUAAAAAAUAUAUAUAUAUAUCUUGUAUUGAAUUUUAUACAUAAUGCUUUUAUAUGUGGCAUCAAAAAAAAAUACAUAUAUAUAUAUAUGUAUAUAUAUAUGUAUAUGUAAAACAUGUAUAUAUGUGUAUAUGUACAUAUACAUGUAAAUAUAUGUGUGUAUAUAUUGAUAUGUAAAUACAUGUGUGUAUGAAAGGGUGUGUAUGGCUUAACAAAUGCUUUGUUAAAGAAUAUAGGUGCUAUUUUGAAGUAUUUCUCUUUGUAGAACAAUCAAGAACAAAUAUUGGAAAUUUAUUAAAAAUGAUUAAAAAUUAAACAAAAUUUAAA